AAUUAAUGAGCGAGAAAAUACGAAGUAAUAAAGGAGUUAGUGCCUAAACCAAAGCACCGGUGUCAAUUAAUGAGUUAGUCGUCCAAUGUAAAUGAAUAGCUAUAGAAAAAUUCGACAACUUUUUUCUUUUUCUUGAAUCAAUCAACAAAGAACUACAAUAUAUAAAACCAAAGUCAAAUCUAAAAUCUAUUGAUCAAGUUGCCAAACCAAAUUACAUUGUGUUUCUUUUUUAAUUUGUAUAGACAAAUCUCAGAAUACUAGUUUUGAACGACGCACUUUCAGAUUCUUCUCAUUUAUCAACUGAAUACUUACAAAAGAUAGCGUUUUGAGGUCAUCAUUAAUUCAUCAAUCAUGAUGAUUGAUCAAUUAUGCCUCCUACGUAUAUGUAUCAUGCAUCAUACAAUGAUAAUUUAUGGACAGAAACACAUGAUCUACGCAAGGGAUCUUAGCAUAGCAUGGUCGGACAACGAAGAGUAUUGGUCAUGGCUUCCUCUCCGGUAUGAUAUAUCAAGCCAAGAACUCACUGAUGCUGCUGUGCUAGAAGCAGUUUGUUGGUUAGAUGUGAAUGGAAAGUUCGACACGAGAGAACUGACACCAGCGACAACGUAUGAGGUUGUGUAUGUGGUGAAGUUAGAAGAUACAGCUUAUGGAUGGAAAAUACCAGUGAAUCUGAAGUUAACCUUGCCCGAUAGUAAGAAAAGGCCACAAGAGCGGAGCGUGUGCUUGAAAGAGCAUAUAGGGAAACGGUGGGUAGAUAUAUCAGCUGGUGAGUUUGUAACGUCACUGGAUAAUGCAGGAGAGAUCAGUUUCUCCAUGUAUGAGACCAAAUCUGGCUGUUGGAAGGGAGGGCUCUUUGUUAAAGGUGUUGAAAUUCGUCCGAAAAACUAAGGCUAUCAUUAUGUCUGAAUUGCAUAUCAUUGCCAGCUGACGCAUAUGUAUGCUUCAUUAUUUAUUUUCUGAUCACAUAUUUCAGUUAUGUAAAACUAAAAUAAUCUCACCUAAAUUUCUGGUAA